UGGAAACCCCAGCGCUGGGAGGGGAAUAAAGAGUGCAGUCUGCCUAUCUGCCUCCAGCUGGCCCCUCCCUUCCCGCCGCCCAGUGUGGGACACAGGUGCCUCCCAGCUGUCGGGGUCAGAGGGAUCCUCGCUGCACCCUGUGCCCCUAGGCCACUUCCAGCACCCUUGGGCAAUGGGCAGCCCCAACGGCACGUCGCCGCCCCACCACCCUGUACCCCAAGUCUGGGGAGGCCGCCUGAGCCAAGCCCCAAGCCCCGCUGGCUCCCUGGUUCCCUGAAUGGGGACUGUGAAGUUAUCUGGGACAAAAACUUUUCUGCCAAAAAGCAGGAACCAAGUGGCAUCCCAGAAGGAGAGGCAGAGCUGGGCAGAGGACUAUGGGAGAAGGAGCCACAAACCUGACCCCUGGGAUGUUUCCUCCGAGACAGACAUCGCCAUCAUCGCAGGUGUGAUCGCUGCAGUGGCCCUGGUCCUGGUCUGCCUGCUGGUGGUCCUGCUGCACUACAUGUACCGGCACAAGGGCACCUACCACACCAAUGAGGCCAAGGGCACAGAGUUUGCCGAAAGUGCUGAUGCGGCCCUCCAGGGUGACCUCUCCCUCCAGGAUGGUGGUGACAGCAGCAGAAAAGAGUACUUCAUCUGAGGAGCACCCAGCCCAGGAGAACACGCACCCCACCACCCUGCUCCGCCCUCCACCUGUACCUCCAAGAAGACUGGGAGAGCACCCACUGGACCUCAGAUUUGAUCCCCUCCUGGGAUCUCGGUGGUGGCCCAGGGGUGAGGGAGGAAGAGAGGACCAGUGUCUCCCAAGGACCCAGGGGGCACAGCAGCCACCAAGGGAGCCUUGGUUCUGCCAGAAAGAGAACGUCUGUGUCUCCCUGGACAAGUGCAGUUUGUCACUGCUGCAGGAGACACCCUUUCCAGUCCUGGGCCCUUCUGGGGCUGGGAGGCAAGGAAGUAAGUCAUCAGGAAGCCAACUGGGGAUAAGGGCAUCAAAUGUCAGUCCUUGAUAUUUGGGGGGGGAGAGGAACAGCAGGUGUCAGAGAUAACAGACAGCUUUGUCACCCAUUGAUCCAGCUCUAAACGAUUGGAAAUAAAUUUGAAAUGUAACCAA